AUAUGGGUGAUUCACGUGCUUCACUGCUAGUGUAAUGAUAUAAAUAUAGCUAGAGUCCCUCGCACUUUGUUAAACAACGCAAUGGUUGACAGCUGUUGUCAAGAUUAUCACGUGUAGUUUUUCGAUUGGUUUGGAUUUCAUCCAAUAUUUAUAACCAGGAAUACUGUAUUUAUAUGCAAAUUAGGUGAGAUUGCAAUAUAUUUGCAUCGGUGACGAACUGAAAAUAUAGAGUAGUACGACGAUGGAUGCCGCUAACGAGAGCCAGGAUAUCGAGGCGCCACAAGACAAACCACCAACACACGAGGAACCACAGAAAGGUGACCCUCCGAAAUAUGGAAGCAUCGUGUCAGAGAUCAAGAAAGCUAAACGGGAGUCAUGUGGAAACAAAGAAUUUAUCAAACAUGUCAUGGCGAUAAUAAGUAGAUCAGGUGAACGUUCGACAUGGAGUGAAAGAGUAGUUACAAAGAUGAAGAAAUCACUACAGGAGUCGCGUGAAAAUAAAGAAUAUCUAACGCUGCUAUGUUUUCCAGUUAUGUUGAUGAUUGGCUGCGUGAUUUGUAUUAGUAUCUUUAUUGCUGCACCUAUUGCGAUGAUAGUGAUCGGUGCCAUUUAUAAAGACGAAUGUAAUGCACAGCCGUACAUCCCUAUAUACCUUAUUGUUGGUGGGAGCUUUUCCUUGUUUUCGUGUUUCAUUUCUGGGGGUAAGUCCAGGUCUAAUCGUUGCCAGACAAAUGAAGAGGAUCCACAAAAAGACGAAUGUACAUGCCGUAGCUGUAUAAGUGGUCUUGUGUCCAUCUUCCAGGUUUGCUGGUUCAUAGCAGGCAACGUAUGGAUAUACAAGGCGUAUGAACCGUCAUAUGAAGACCCAACAUCUGCAGAUUACUGUGACAAGACCCUGUAUUUGUUUUCAUUUUGGCUAAUGAAUGUUAGUUACAUGCUAAUUGGUGUUGGUUUCUGUGUCUGUUUACUAGUUAUCUACUGUGUGUAUUGCCGUGAGCCUUGUGAUGACGAGGAAUAAAUUCUGUGUAAUUGCUAUAAUAAUACUUAUUGUUUAUAUUUCGUACGUAAUAUAACUAAAAUUACUAUAUAUAUUAAUAAUAUAUUAUAGAUUAUAUGGUUGUCAUGAACAUUACUAGACUCGGCGAAAUGUUGACAUGGUCUAUAUCAGAGCAUUUUAUUUUUUCUUGCACGUAUUUGUAUUUUUCUACUGAAAAUGUCUCAAGCUUUUUUCUUGUACUUAUAUGACAAACGGUCAACACGUGUACUUUCCUUUUUGAUGCACGUGUGUGUAUUUGACAAGUUUUAAGAAAGUUAUAUCAUAAAAAUAUAAUAAUGGAUUAUGUAUAUGAAGUAUCUAUCUGCCAUAUUUGGACAUACAAAUUAAUAAAUCG